AUGCGACCAACAAUUGAUGUGACAGAGCUACUGGAGUUUCGAGGGGACCACGGCAACAUUCUCGUCGCUCGUCUCCCCCGUAAAGAUAACGAGACUACACAAGGAGUCGUAGACAAUACUAAGCAUGAGCACACGUUCUACUUCGAUGGCAUUUUCACCAUGGAAACGCCCCAGGAAACCGUUUUCCAGACGGUCGCAGUCCCUGUCCUUGAAGGCCUUAUGAAUGGAAUUAACGGUACUGUAUUCGCGUACGGCCAAACGGGCACUGGAAAAACGUUUACGAUAACUGGCGGGGCGGAGAGCUACAACGACCGCGGAAUAAUUCCUCGUGCGUUGUCUUUCAUUUUUUCUCGGAUGAAGCGGGAUGGAUUGGUGCAAUAUCGUGUGGCCAUUUCUUACUUGGAAGUAUAUCAAGACAAGGGCUACGACCUCCUCACAAAAGCCCAGGUCGAUGCCCGUCGCAUCGACGACUUGCAGAAGGCAAGCGCCCUUCGGUUGACGUGGGAUCACAUUCACGUUGUUGCGAGCGACGAUGAAGAAGGCAAUCUCAUUCUGCGCGGUUUAUCUGUCAACCCUGCCCCUACUGAGGAAGAAGCUCUCCAUUUGCUUUUUCUUGGCGACACUAACAGGAUUGUAGCCGAGACGCCUCUAAAUGAUUCGUCCACGCGGUCGCACUGCAUCUUUAUCAUCUGGAUCGAAGCCCGAGAGCCUGGUUCCUCUGUCAUACGGAGGUCAAAGCUGCACCUAGUGGACUUGGCAGGGUCUGAACGCGUCAAACAAAGUGGCGUCAAUCCCGGCGACACAGUUUUCAGAGAGGCCUGCAGCAUCAACCUGGCGCUCCACUAUCUCGAACAGGUCAUCGUGGCUCUCCACGAGAGGGCACAAGGUCGCCGCGUGCACGUGCCAUACAGAAAUUCAAUGAUGACAUCUGUUCUUAGAGAUUCCCUGGGCGGAAACUGUCAGACGGUCAUGGUGGCAACGAUAGAGAACCAGGCUAGUGUCAAUGAAGAAAUCGAUCCGAGCCUGCUUAUGAAGCAACUGAAGAGGGAGAACGAAGAGUUACGGGCUCACCUUCGGAUUCUAAACUCUCAAGUCGGAAGUACACUCAACUGUGAGAGAGACCUCAGCGAGGAAGACAGGCGGAGAUGCGAAGAGUAUGUCGAUGCCUAUAUCGACGCCUAUGACGAAGACCCAGAGGCGCAGCCCUUGCUUGGUCCAGACGUGUGCAAGAUUCGCCUCGCUUUCAAAAUAUUCCGCGACCGCUGUGUCCAGCUGAAGAAGGAGUUGCAGGAAAUCGCGUCCACCGCUCAAGCAGGCGGCUGUGACGCAGACGGGAUUGGACAAAGAACACAAAGACAGGCGAGCCAUGCGGAGGGCAUGUCCUCUCUGGAACCCACGUCGGAGGAAGCUAAGUGGAACUUGCAACUGCGAAGUGAUGUCGCCAAGCUCAGGCUGCAUGUACAACAGAGAGACGCCGAAAUCGCAAUUCUAAUUGAUAUGCUGAAUCGGAACGGAAUCCGCCCAGGGAAGGCAAGGGCUACUGCUGGUGCAAAUUCGCAGCUGGCUGCGGAACUGUCGCUAGACUGCAGUGAGUGGAUGUGCUUGUCUUAG